UCGUCCUCCAUGACAGUGCUGGCCAACGGCGCUGUGCUCGUCGUAGGGGGCGCCACGUAUGGCCCCUCGGGCUUUCGUAGCCUCGACGACGUGCUCCUGCUCAAGCAUCCGGGCGCGGAUGUCACGUGGACCAAACUGUGCCCGAUGCCGUUCCGGGUUCACUCGGCACUGUUGGUCGCCAUCGACACGGACGCGUACGCCAUAGGCGGAUGCACGGACCGCCAGGACGGUGCCGGCACCCGCGCGGACAUGCUGGUGAUGCGAGCAGGCUGCGCGGGGCACCACCACGAAGACCAAGAGCUGUGCUGGGAGCGCUGGGGCACGCUGCCCGGCCGAUUGGUCGGCAUGGAAGCCGUGCUCUUCCGUGCCGAGGACGCCCGACCCAGCGACCCGAGCGCCUAACGGCGGCCGAGACGCACGUUACUGGGGCGGUCGCGUAAUAUUGCGCGCGGCGCGAGAUUCGUUCUUCGUAGAAAAGGAAAUAUACGUAUACAUUUCAAGUUUUAAAAUAAAUCAGAACUGUAUUAUCAAUUUUUCAACUAAGUAUUGGGCACUUCACUACGCAAAAAGCUUGAGUGUGCCUAUGCAGGUCCUUGUAGACAACAGAACAUCAUCAACGUACUGCAAAAGUUGAGCAGACGUUUGCAUAACCAAUGACGCAUACAGAAUUGUGUUCAGCGAUAGGUAACAGUAUCAUUAAUGUAUGCGCAUCAUUGACUUGAAAAAUACAUUUGUACAGGCUAGACGACAUACGUACAGUCAAACACAAAAGUUUACCGACCAUGGGGUCUCAGAAAAUGUUCAAUUCCAGAGCAGCCGGUAGCUGUAUCCAGAAAAACCGUAUACGACAAUGUUGAUAGCAUAUUCUAGUCAAGCCCCUAAAUGAAAAUACCAGGUUGCAUUGUGAGGCUGCGGAGAUAUUCAGCUUUUUCUCAGAUUUCAUGGUUCGUAUUACUUUCUGGUUGACUGUACAUGUGUGUGAUUGCAUAUGAAAAAAAAAAAUCGUACGAAUGCACUUUGGUAUGAAAAAGAGUGGGGCUAAGUACUCCAUGUAUUGAUAUCUUAAGUAUUCUGAAAGUAUUAAGUAUUUUGAAAUAUUAUCUAAAACGAAACCUGAAAGUGAUCCAACAGUACUGUCUAACUUGGUUAUAAUGAACAGGCUCAUGCAAUAAAAACAGUUGACUAUAUCAGGUACCGAACCUAAAUAAACUUUUGUGGUGCAUUUGGCACAUAUGCAUUUGUUAUCUGCUACAAUAGAGAAAUAUAACAAGCAAGAAACCCAUUUAAUUGAUGCCAAAACAAUGCGUGGUAAUUUUUAACUGUGCCUUGCAUUGUUUCUUAGUCACUUAGAAUGGCAUGCAAUUAGGCGGCUUUAUAGCAGUCAAUGGACGCCCGGAAGUUCCACAUAUCCAAUGUCCAGUUCAUCAUAUGGAGCUCUCUUACGUAAGUACCGGUCAGCAUGUUUGGCAUGUUAAAUAUGAAGAAUAAUUUCGCUUUAUCCAGGUUCGACUGUAGACAUUAUUCAGGCUAGACUGUAUUCAACUUUGCUGAGUAACCAUAAGCACAAAAUUAAGUACAUAGCAAGCGUGCUUACCACUGCCAAGCAUUUGGUGCUACUCGGACAACUUUCAAGCAGGUGUCGCCAGACUACAGUAGUUAAGAUUCUGGGUCAUGUCAGCACGUAAUUUUUCACAGAUCCAGUGACAUUACAAUGAUUCACUACAGGAUGAAGGCCUCUCAUAAGCAUCUCCAAUUGUCUUGCAUCAGCAGACUCCUUGCUUGUAAAUAAUGGCUCACUGCAGGAUGAAGGCCUCUCGUAAUGAUCCCCAAUUACUUGUCUUCUAUUAGCAGACUCCACGCCUGCAAUUAUCCUCAUUCCAUCAUGCUACUUAGUUCUCUGCUGUCCUGCACUACCCAUCCUGUAAUUCUAGUAGGCCAGCAGGUAUCUGCCCACUGCAUUACAUGACUUGCUCAACUCCAUUGCUUUCCCAUAAUCUCAACUAGAAUGUUGGUUACUGCUCCUUAAUGUCUUGUACACACCACUGUCUUUCAGUCUCUUAAUAUUCAACUUAUUUUUAUUCCAUUGCUUACUCCAUGGUCGUUAACUUCUCGCACUUGUUAACUUCCAAGGUUCUGCACCUUAUAUUAGUAAUGGGAAAAUGUAGUGAUUGUACAGCUUCUGUUAGCGGUAAGUAUAGCGGUAAGCUGCCAGUCAUGACUUGGUAAUGCUGACCUUAUGCCCUCCAACCUAUUUUUAUUCUGUAAGUUUCCUUCACAUAAUUGGGAUCCCAUGUGACUAAUUGGCCUGGAUAAACAUACUCUUGCAGAUUGUAGAGGCUGACUACAUAUCAC